GGAAGCGCCGGCAGGCCCCGCCUCCCGUAGAAGAGGGCCUGCGCAGCUCUUCCGGGAGGCCGGCGGCGGCGGCCAGUACCGGGAGCCUCGGGCACCUCUCAGGGAGUGUCGGUGGGGAGGCCGGAGGCGCCACUGCCCGCGAGCCGAAAUGCCCAUCCAGCCUCCUAGCAAAGACACGGAAGAGAUGGAAGCAGAGGGUGAUUCAGCCGCCGAAAUGAAUGGGGAGGAGGAAGAGAGUGAGGAGGAACGGAGCGGCAGCCAGACUGAGUCAGAGGAGGAGAGCUCAGAGAUGGACGAUGAGGACUAUGAGCGGCGCCGCAGCGAGUGUGUCAGUGAGAUGUUGGACCUGGAGAAGCAGUUCUCGGAGCUAAAGGAGAAGUUGUUCAGGGAACGACUGAGUCAGCUGCGGUUGCGGUUGGAGGAAGUGGGGGCUGAGAGAGCCCCCGAAUACACAGAGCCUCUUGGGGGACUGCAGCGGAGCCUCAAGAUUCGCAUUCAGGUGGCAGGGAUCUACAAGGGCUUCUGUCUGGAUGUGAUCAGGAAUAAGUACGAGUGUGAGCUGCAGGGGGCCAAGCAGCACCUGGAGAGCGAGAAGCUGCUGCUCUAUGACACGCUGCAGGGGGAGCUGCAGGAGCGGAUCCAGAGGCUGGAGGAGGACCGGCAGAGCCUGGACCUCAGCUCUGAGUGGUGGGAUGACAAACUGCACGCCAGAGGCAGCUCGAAGUCCUGGGACUCCCUGCCGCCCAGCAAGAGGAAGAAGGCGCCUCUCGUUUCUGGCCCUUACAUCGUGUACAUGCUGCAGGAGAUCGACAUCCUGGAGGACUGGACAGCUAUCAAAAAGGCUAGAGCAGCUGUGUCCCCUCAGAAGAGAAAAUCAGAUGGACCAUGACCCCACUGUUCACAGCCAGGGGGUCCCUCAGAGCAGCUGGCACCAAACCCGGGAUUCACAUUUUCCUGCUGCGGAGAGGCCGACGGACACGCCCCUCCGGGUCUGCCCCGCCGGCCCUGCCCGGCCAGCCGGCACUGGCAUGGACUCCUCCUCUGCCUCCUUGAGGCCCGCACAGCUCUGGCCCUGGCGCUGACCUGGCCGGGAAGACCGUCACCUCACCUCCAUCCCUGAGCAGCCCGCUACCUCCCCUCCUGAAGAUCGCCCUCCUCAGUGCUCCCUGGCAAAGAAGUCCUAUGCUGCAGCAGCAUCUGUCCUGCUGACCUUGGACCCUGGCUCGCUGUGUGGGAACUCCGGGCCAGGAAUAUCUGGGGGGCCUGUGCAUUCUGGCUGGCGAGGUGAGGAGCCGGGCCCCCUGGUUUUCCCAGGGCAGUUCUCGGUAUCUGCCUCCCAGAUUUUGAGACUGCAAUUAAAGCCUUUCCUGGG